AUGACGUCCUCGUCCGCCCAGAAGCCUAACAGCUCCAUCCACACCCACACCAUCAAGACCCCCGUGGGUAUCAAGGCUGCACUUGCAUCCUUGAAGCCCAAGACCACCAGAUUGUCGAUAGAAGGUCCAAUCGAGUGUGACUUGCAGGGAUUCCAGCUCUUGAACUCGCCCAUCUUCAACAAGGGUUCUGCCUUCAACAAGGAGGAAAGAUCAGCCUUUGGGUUGAACGGACUCUUGCCUGCGCAAAUCAACUCGUUGGACGAGCAGGUCGAAAGAGCCUACGCCCAGUUCUCGUACCUCAAGAGUCCGUUGGCCAAGAACGACUUCUGCACCUCCAUGAGAAUCCAGAACAAGGUGUUGUACUACGAGUUGGUCCGUCGUCACAUCAGAGAAAUGCUUCCCAUCAUCUACACCCCCACCGAAGGUGACGCUAUUGCUGCAUACUCCCACCGUUUCAGAAAGCCCGAGGGCUGUUUCUUGGACAUCAACGACCCUGAGUCCAUCGACCAGCGUUUGGCCGCCUACGGUGAAGACAAGGACAUCGACUACAUCGUGGUUUCCGAUGGUGAGGGAAUCUUGGGUAUCGGUGACCAGGGUGUCGGUGGUAUCAGAAUCGCCAUCGCCAAGCUUGGUCUCAUGACCUUGUGUGCUGGUAUCCACCCUGGCCGUACUUUACCUGUGGUCUUGGAUGUUGGUACCGACAACCAGAAGUUGCUCAAUGACGACUUAUACAUGGGUAACAAGUUCCCAAGAGUGAGGGGUGAACAAUACUGGGAUUUCAUCGACAAGUUCAUCAAUGCUGUCAAACAAAGAUUCCCAAAUGCAGUUCUUCAUUACGAAGAUUUCGGUGUUUCCACCGGUAGAGAUAUGCUUUACAAGUACAGAGAAGCUUUGCCUUCCUUCAACGAUGAUAUCCAAGGUACUGGUGCCGUUGUGAUGGCCUCAAUGACAGCAGCCUUGCAAUUCUCUAAUAGAAAAUUGUUGGAUUCUAAAGUGUUAAUUUACGGUGCUGGAUCGGCCGGUUUGGGUAUUGCUGAUCAAAUCGUUAACCACAUGGUUUCGCAUGGAUCCACCCCAGAAAAGGCCAGAGCAUCCAUCCACUGUAUGGAUCGUCGUGGUUUGAUUUUGGAAUCCUUCGAAGAAUCCACUCCAGCCCAAAAACUUUACGCUGAUAAGGAUGGAGACUGGCAAGGCAUUGACACCACCAGCUUGGUUGAAGUUAUCGAAAAGGUCAAGCCAACUGUGUUGGUCGGCUGUUCUACCCAAGCCGGUGCAUUCACCGAAGAAGUUGUCAAGACCAUGUACAAGCACAACCCUCAACCAAUUGUGUUCCCAUUGUCCAACCCAACCAGGUUGCACGAAGCUAUUCCUAGUGACAUCAUGAAGUGGACUGACAACAAUGCAUUGAUUGCAACUGGUUCUCCAUUCCAACCAGUUGAUGGUUACGUGAUUUCUGAAAACAACAACUGUUUCACCUUCCCUGGUAUUGGGUUGGGUGCCGUUUUAUCCAGAUGUACCACAAUUUCCGACACCAUGGUGUCCGCUGCUGUGGACCAGCUCGCUGCUCUCUCGCCUAAGAUGGAAAACCCAAAGAAUGGUUUGUUGCCUAGAUUGGAAGAAAUCGAUGAGGUUAGUGCCGAAGUUGCAACCGCAUUCAUUUUGCAAUCAUUGAAAGAAGGUACCGCUCGUGUUGAAAGUGAAGAAAGACCUAACGGUGGAUUUGUGGAGGUUCCAAGAGAUUUCAACAAGUGUCUCAAGUGGGUGCAAUCCCAAAUGUGGAAGCCUAUUUACAGACCAUUGGUCAAGGUCCAACACGUGCCUGAAAUCCACACUUUCCAAUACUAA